AUGAUACGCUACAACAAAAUUGAAAAAAACACAUACAAGCAUUUUAUGCUUUGCUUGUUUGAGAAAUUAAAAGAAAUUGACCCAGAAAAUUACAAAAAGAGAUUUUUUGUGCUGAUGGAUAAUGCAGGGGCUCAUAAACAUAAAAUAGUCAAAGAUUUUUUGGAAAGCCAAGAGGUAAUAGUGCUAUGCAAUGCUCCUACUACGCCGCAGCUGCAGCCUAUUGAGUUUGUGUUUUCUAUGUUUAAAAGAAACUUAAAGAAAUUAAAGCUAGAAGAUGAAGAAGAAUUGUUGUGAGCGAUUUAUAACAGCUUUAAAAAAAUCACUCCGAGACAGCUGCACAAUACUUAUUUACAUACUAUGAGAGCUUAUGAGUCAGGACUCACGUAUAGCAAUUUUCAACAUAAUCGAAAUCCUUAUGUAACUGAUGGAAGAAUUAGGAGAAGUGGAAAACUAUUAAGCAGGAUGAUUAAUUUUGAAAAGCUGUUUGGGAAAAAGGAUAAAGGUGAGGAUUUUAAUCUAUAA